AUGGCUAUACUCGAAGAGUCAUCUGGGGACAAGAAAAGGAAGCAUGCGAAUCUGAAUCAAGCAACUCGCAACAACAAGGGUUUCAAUAACAUGAAGGGUGACCCCAACCCGCCUCAGGAGGCGAAAUCUCUUGCAGCCAUGAAUGACACUCCAGCUAAGGGAUACCUGGGCACUCUGCACAAAUGCAAUCAGUGCAAGCGUCAUCAUGAAGGAGUCUAUCGCAUCCCAGAAUUCGACAAGUGUGGAAAACUGGGUCACCAUACGGAGGACUGUUGGGGUAAGGGAAAUAGGAACGGGAAUGGAAACCGCAACGGUGCUGGUAAUAGGAACGGUGGUGGAAAUGGAAAUGGCAAUGGUAACAGGAAUGGUAACGGGAAUGGGCGGAACCAAGGAUGCUUCAGUUGUGGAAACAAGGAUCAUUUCGUGAAAGAUUGCCUAGGGGAAACAACGCUCAGGCUCGAGCAUUUGUGA